GCCGGGCCUUCUCCUCCGCUCCGCCCGUUGGCUUCCCCCGGAAACCUGCCCCGUUCCUGGCCGGGCUGGAGAGGGGCGGUCUUCCGAGAACCUGGCUGUGAUCGUGUCCUGAAGCAAGAAAUUUAAACCGCUCAGAAGUGUAUGAUAGAACAAAAGAAGACGACAACCAGGGGUCAUCUGAAAUUGUGAUUGGCUCACUGAUAAUCCCAGGACAAAAUUAGAGACUACUACUCAAACAUAAGUUUCCUAGGACUGCUACGAAGAUGUUUGAUGUAAAGGCUUGGGCUGAGUAUGUUGUGGAAUGGGCUGCAAAGGACCCUUAUGGUUUUCUUACAACAGUUAUUUUGGCUCUCACCCCACUGUUCCUAGCAAGUGCUGUUCUAUCCUGGAAAUUGGCCAAAAUGAUUGAAGCCAGAGAGAAGGAGCAAAAGAAGAAACAAAAACGACAAGAAAAUAUUGCAAAAGCUAAAAGACUAAAAAAGGAUUGAAGGAGUAAACAAGCUCUGCAUCUAGAGCAGAAUCAUUGGGAACAUUAUGCAGCUUUGGACUCAUUAAGUGUUUGGAUUUCAUCAUAGGAUCAAUAGUAAAUUAAAUCUGAGUAUAUAAAAGAAUCAUGUUCUGACCUCAGUAUUACAGUAAUGUUUAGUUUUGUGUGUGAAAGUUUGUUGGUAUCUAUUGACAUGAUAAGUGCAUUGUAUUUAUCUGAAAAUCAAAAAUCAUAAAUGUUCCAAAAUCUGAAAUUUCUUGUGUGCAGACAUGAUUCACAAGUGAAAAUUCCAUACACGACCUUGUAACAGGUUGUAUUCAGUUAGGCUAUAUGAAAUGGAAAUGAAUUUUUUGUUGAACUAAAACACUUCUGGUUCCAAGCAUUUCGGAAAAGGAAUUCUCAACACGCAGUACAGAUUCUUUAUCAGUGACUUAUUGAUUUGCCAUUUUGCAGAUGAUGUACAGAAGUGAAACAUCCUGUGGAGAAUAAUGACUUUACGUAUGCACUCCAUUUAAAUAGUGGUUUAAGAUGGGCCUUCUUCUGGACCAAGAAUGCUAGGAAUGUACAAGUCAAAAUUGCUCUGUUGGUAGAAAGUUUGUUUUGGCUUCAAGACAUACAAUAUAUUUAUUAAUCAUAUAUUUUUUAUCAUUAUUGCUAACGAAUGGAGUUAUGUCUGGUUUUUUCAGAGCAAAAUGGUAUUAAUCAAGAACAUUUAUUUUUCUGCAUUUUUCUGAUGUUAGUCUUUGAGACAAGUAAUUAUGAAGACAUUAUGUGUUUUUCAACCUAAUUUUAUAAAGAUUUAUUAUCUUGACUGUAAAAUAUCUACUGGAUGUAACAAUUUUGUAUUUUUGAUCACUGCCACUUUCUUAGAUGAGUUGUUGAGUAACAUUGUGUUUUAAAGCUUGUACUAAAAUGCCAAAUGCUAAAACCUUAGAAUCAGUUUUUGUGGUUUUUUUUUUAAUGCUAACUAGAGCUGUGAAAAAGUUAAAAUGUCAUCAGAUAAUCUGCUAGUUUUCAUAUAGCACUCUUGAUUUUAUUUAACACUUUUUGACUCAUGUAUUGAUGACAUAAAUUUCAACAUGUUUGUGAUCAAGUUUGUGGAAACUAAAAAUUCUGAUUAUUUUGAAGAGUUCCCAAGGAGUUAAGUCAUAUUUCCUAAGUGGUUCAGAAAGGCUUAAAAUUGAGAAAAAUUUUGAUGGACACAGUAGUGAUUGUAUGAACUAGAUAAAUGAGAAUGAGCUAUAAUUAGAAUACAGAGCUAAAGGUCUUUCAGUUAAGCAGUAAUACUAGAACUUUUGUCUAUUAAACAUGGCUUUUCUAAAUGCAUGCUCCAGUAAUUUUACUAACUGCAAUAUUUAAUAGCUUAUAUUGUUUUCUUCGCCUCUGAUAAAGAGUAAUUGUCCAAAGCUCUUACUUAAAAAUGAAGUUAAUUAUUGAAAUAAAAUUUGAUAUGUUUUAUAAAGAG